AUGAUUCAAAAGAGUCUUAUUGUCCUGCUUUUCUCAUUUGUCACUCUGGGAGAAACAAAGAAAUCAUUUCUCAGCUUUCUGAAUAAAGAAAAGAUUGGAACAUUGCUUUUCUCCAAGACGGAAGAAACAGUCAUCGUAAGGUCCGAGUACAAGGAUAAAAAGCCAAGCUCUAGCUAUCUCUCUGUGAAAUCAGAAGAUCUUAAAAUUCUGCAAGUGGUAAAUGUGACCAAGACCUUCUUGGAUGAUACAAAUUUUACCAUCUAUUUAGUGACAAAUGAAGAUGGAGAGACGAAUUUGACCAUUCAACUAUGGGAUUAUGAAGGUAGGCGAGCAAGACUAAUUGAAGAAAUAAAGAAUGUCAAAGUCAAAGUCCACAAACCAAGAAAAGACAACCUCUUCCAGGCAUCCAUGCAUAUUGACAGGAAUAUCUUAAUGUUUAUUUUGCCCAUGGUCCUGUUAAAUAAAUGUGCGUUUGGUUGCAAGAUUGAAUUGCAGGGGUUUCAAACUGUAUGGAAGAAGCCUUUGCCGAUAAUUCUUGUAGCCGUUACACAGUUUGUUCUUCUGCCAUUUUGUGGAUUUUUUCUGACACAGAUUUUGGCAUUGCCUGAGGCACAGGCUUUUGGGUUUGUGGUGACUUGUACAAGCCCAGGAGGGGGUGGAGGUUAUAUGUUUGCUCUGCUUCUAGAAGGAGAUGUCACUUUGGCCAUUCUGAUGACUUGCACCUCAACGUUGUUGGCUCUGAUAACGAUGCCUGUCAAUUCCUUUAUAUAUAGCAGGAUGUUAGGGAUGUCAGGCACAUUUUCUAUUCCGGUUUCUAAAAUUAUGUCAGCAUUCCUUUUCAUACUUCUACCAAUGUCACUUGGAAUAUUUCUCAAGCACAGACUGCCUGAAAAAGCCAACUUCCUGGACAGAAUAAUUCGACCUCUGAGUUUUAUUUUAAUGUGUGUAGGGAUUUAUUUGACUCUGAAAAUGGGCUGGGUGGUUGUAAAAACCGUCAAUUUGGAGAUGCUUCUAUUGGGAGCCGUGAUUCCUGCCUUGGGUUUCUCGUUUGGAUUUUUCUUAGCUAAAACUUUCAUGUUGCCUCUUCCCCUUUGUAAAACUCUUGCUAUUGAAUGUGGGCUACUAAAUAGUUUCCUAGCUCUGGCUGUUAUUCAGCUUUCUCUUUCCCAGGCUAAGGCAAAUUUAGCUUCAGUGGCUCCUUUUAUAGUGGCCAUGUGUUCUGGAUGUGAAAUGUUACUGAUCCUUCUGGUAUAUAAGGCUAAGAACAAAAUUGCCUUUAUUAUGGACUAUUUUAAAAAAUAUAUAUAUUUGCACUCUAACAAUCGAAGCAUGACUUCCUACUGUGGAGAAGUAUUGUGA